UUUCUCUAGAGUCACCUUUGCCGCCUUUUGUACUCGGGAAAUCUCUUAUUUCUCCAGGACGACUUUUCCCAUACUCAAGGCUUUGCAACACAUCUUUCGUUUCGGAUCACCACAAUGUCGAUGGAUCUAGACGCCCCAGUCUCACUCUCUUCAAUUCACAAGCCACAAGCAGCGACGAUCCUCUGCUGCAACUGUGGUGCACCCAUUGAUGGAACAUCCUCAGCAGGCGCUCUAUGCUACGACUGUGUCAAACUGACCGUCGAUGUAACCGAAGGAAUCCAACGAGAAGCAGUCUUGCACACUUGCCGUGACUGUGAAAGAUGGUUGAGCCCUCCUUCACAGUGGACCUCUGCAGCACUCGAAAGCAGAGAGCUGCUUGCAUUGUGUCUUCGAAAGCUAAGAGGCAUGAACAAAGUCCGUAUCAUUGAUGCCGGUUUCCUAUGGACCGAGCCGCAUUCGAGACGGAUCAAAGUCAAAAUCACAGUCCAACAAGAGGCAUUCGAGGGGACUAUCCUCCAACAGACUUUCGAGGUCGAAUAUGUUGUCGCUAAUCAGCAAUGCCCGGACUGCAUGAAGUCUUUCACACCCAACACAUGGAGAGCUACUGUCCAGGUCCGCCAAAAGGUGCCCCAUAAGCGGACGUUUCUGUACCUGGAGCAACUUAUCCUCAAACACCAAGCACACAAAGACACCAUCAACAUCAAGGAGGUCAAAGAUGGACUGGACUUCUUCUUUGCCCAACGAAAUCAUGCCGAAAAGUUUGUAGACUUCUUGUCCUCUGCCACACCCGUCAGCGUGAAGAAGUCUCAAGAAUUGAUCUCUAUGGAUGUCCAUACGUCCACCAAGUCCUACAAAUUCUCAUUCUCCUGUGAACUAGUCCCGAUAUGCAAAGAUGAUUUGGUCGCACUUCCGGUCAAGCUGGCCAAAUCUAUCGGUAACGUCGCCCCUCUAGCAAUCUGCUACAGGGUUGGAACAUCAGUCAAUAUAGUCGAUCCCGCCACUUUACAAACUGCAGACCUACCUAUGAAAACUUACUGGAGAGCACCUUUCAAAAGCUUGGCAGACGUACAGGAAUUGGUGGAGUUUGUUGUACUCGACAUUGAGCCCACAGGCUCUCAAAAUGGUCGAUUUUUUGGAGCUGAGGCGACCGUUGCACGCGCGUCGGAUUUGGGCGUCAAUGAUAAGACAUACUAUUGUCGAACACAUUUGGGCGGAGUUCUACAUGCCGGAGACUCUGUGAUGGGGUAUCAUCUUACUGGCACCAACUUCAACAAUACUCAAUUUGAAGAGUUGGAGCAGAGCAACGUCUACUCAUCAACCAUUCCAGACGUCAUGCUAGUCAAGAAGUUCUAUGCUCGGAAGAAGAAGCCCAAGUCUCGAAGCUGGAGACUCAAGCGAAUGGAGAGGGAUGAAGGUGAUCUACUACCCAAGAAGGCGGACCAGGAGCGGAUGGAUGCAGACUAUGAAAUGUUCUUGCGGGAUGUGGAAGAAGACGCCGAGCUGCGUCAAACGCUGGCUCUGUACAAGGCCAAACACCAGAAGAGCAAGGACGUCGACAUGAUGAGUAUGGUCACAACAGACGACGGCGAUGAUGAGGUGCCGAAGAUCAAUGUGGACGACUUAUUGGACGACUUUGAGGAUCUGAAUGUUAAUGACGACGAAUGAAUGGUUGGCAACCACGGCAUCUGCGGCGUUCAGGUUAGGUAGGCAUCUGUACCAUUACGGCAUGAGGAUGGGACAUUUAAGGGAUGAACACGUUCUGUAGCCUGCGAGCCCUUGUAAAGCAUAAGCACCCUUGGGCCUGGUAUCCCCUAUUGAUUCAGAACAUCUGAAUUGAGGUUGGAUACCUUAUUGAUAAUCCCCAGACCAGCCUUAUGAUGUCAUACUCGACUCCAGAAUUAAAUGAACGCCUGUUGUCGCAAGUCUUGGACGCUUUCUCAGAUUGACGCUGAGUC